GAACAACAUUUACCACAAUUCAUAGUGGCUACGUCUUAUUGAAGCGCACGCACGCAUAUAGUACGCCACUCUCCAUCGGCCCUCAGAACAGACGUCGGCAUUUUCAGUUUGUAUUUUAAGGAUUUGUGGUUCUAGCCAUUAGUUAUUUGACUCCAAAAUGCGACCACAUUGGUAUGAAGCAGAAUCAUCAUUUUGGGAAGGCCGAAUUGAAUUGAAUUGAAUUAGAUGUCUAACGUUGAACCGAAACCAUUGAGCUUCCGUUUGGACAGUCUAAUUCUCGCAAUGUAUACUUUAUUAUCCGGGUUAUAUAAGUACAUGUUUCAAAAGGACGAGUACUGCAUUUUAAUCCUUGGCUUGGAUAACGCUGGAAAAACGACCUUUUUGGAACAAACCAAAACAAAGUUCAGCAAGCACUAUAAGGGAAUGAAUUUGUCCAAGAUCACAACUACAGUUGGACUGAACAUUGGAACUAUUGACGUAGGAAAGGCACGUCUAAUGUUCUGGGAUCUUGGAGGCCAAGAGGAGCUGCAAUCUCUUUGGGACAAGUACUAUGCAGAGUCCCAUGGAGUUAUCUAUGUGAUAGAUUCAACUGAUGAAGAACGACUCUCUGAAUCAAAGGAAGCGUUCGAAAAAAUGAUCAGUAGUGAUGUGUUAGAAGGUGUCCCGCUCCUGGUACUGGCCAACAAACAGGACAUAUUGAAUUGUUUGUCCGUGCCAGAUAUUAAAACAGCCUUUAGUGACUGUGCACCAAAGAUUGGCAAACGAGAUUGUUUAGUCCAGCCAUGUACUGCCCUCACCGGUGAUGGAGUGAAUGAAGGCAUCGAGUGGAUGGUGAAGUGUGUGAUCAGGAACAUUCACCGGCCGCCCAGACAAAAGGACAUCACAUAAAAGGGCAUCACGUUUCUUUAUUCUGAUCCUUGGACUUUUUCAUCAAGAAUGUUCCUUACAAAUCUUGGUGGUGAAAACUCUCCCUUUAUGUCUGCUGUGACUUUGAACAUCUUAAUUAUUUUCUGGUUUAGGGAUUAAGGACAGAGUAUCUCUGACUGGUACAAGUAAUAAAACAGUUGUGUGGACUGUA